AUGUCUUCGACGCUUCCGAAUAGCGGUACUGGCAACAAUUCCAUGUGGCCUCCCGGUACAUUACACCUUGCAGAUGCAACUGCAUCCGAUGGAAAAACUAUUAUUCUACAACCACGACCAUCCGACGAUCCCAACGAUCCCCUCAAUUGGGCCCCAUGGCGGAAAUGUUUGAACAUGGGACUAGUCUGCUUCUAUGUCGCUAUGGUCGCCGAGUUUAUCAACGCCAAUACACCAACAUGGGGACCCAUGGAGACAGAGCUCGGUUUCACCAGCGAGAUAUUAAAUGACAGCUAUGCUGCUGGCUGUGCUGCUUUAGGAGUCGGCUCCGUCAUUCUGAUUCCAUUUGCGCUCAAGUUUGGACGUCGACCCUUGUAUCUGUUCAGCACGAUCGUUCAAUUCGGAGUCUGCAUUUGGUCUGCUAAGAUGCAAACCGUGGGAGACCUCAUGGCGAUCAACGUCAUACAAUGCUUCUUCGGGAGUCUGGCAGAGGUCAUCGUGCAAAUGACCAUUGCGGAUCUUUUCUUCGUGCACCAACGAGGAAGAAUGAAUGCUCUCUAUGUCUGGACGUGGCUUCUCUCUAGCUACCUGGGUAUUCUAAUUGCCGGGUUUGUUGCCAGUGGUCUGGGUUGGAGGUGGAUCUGGUGGCUGAAUACUAUCAUCUUCGGUGUGACAAUGUUUGUUGUCGGCUUCGGAUACGAAGAGACCAAGUAUUGCCCGCCGGCUUCUCCCGCCACUCCAGAUGUGCAGCUGGAUACCACGAACGAAGACCGGUCCAUUGCACCGAACCCUCAAGAAGAAGACCGCAACAAAGACGAUUUGGAGAAGCUUUCGUCCGCCAGAAUGAAGGAAAUAUAUGCGGAGCAAGGAUUCGCAGAUCUCAGCUCGAUCAAAGCAGAUGAACCCAACAUCACUGCUGUCACAAUCAACCCGAAUAUUCCCAUGAAGACGUAUUGGCAAAGACUAGCCUUAACAACCACCACUUCUUCAUCCAAUACCAAGAACGAGUCCUUCUUUCGCCACAUGUAUCAACCUCUCAUUGUUCUCACGACUAUUCCAGCCAUCGCAUGGACGGCACUUGUUUAUGGCAUCUUGGUGGCUCUGGGAGAUGUCAUGUCAACUACUAUGUCGGCCUAUCUGCCCAAGGCUCCCUAUAACUUCUCUUCCUAUGAGGUUGGCCUCAUGAGCCUACCGAGAAUGAUUGGCGUCUCUAUCGGUGCGCUCAUUGUUGGCCCACUGAGUGAUUGGUGGAUUCUAUUUCUCUCUCGCCGGCGAAACGGCAUCUUCGACCCCGAGAUGCGUCUCUGGUGUAUGAUUCCCUUUCUCCCAUUUAUAAUCGCAGGCGCACUUCUAUUUGCUAUCGGGCUGAAUGACAACCGGCCAUGGCCUGUCAUUGCCGUCGGACUGGCAUUAUAUAACAUCGGUGUCACCCCUAUCAACACUCUCACCAUCACCUACUUAACUGACUCGUACAAAGAUAUUGUUGGAGAUGCACUAGUGGGUGUAACACUCACGCGCAAUAGUUUCAGCACGGCGUUUAUCUUCGCGUUAUCACCCUGGGUGGCGAAGGUUGGUCUCAAAAAUACCUUCAUCACUAUUUUGGUGAUUGCAAUUGCUAUCCUGAUGGUCUUCGUUGUCUUCCUUCGAUAUGGAAAGGCAUUCCGACGCAUUGUUGCUCCUCAAUAUGUUCGUUAUGCUGCUCGGCAGUAUAAAGAGAGAGAUUAG